AUGAGAAACCGGAAGCAGGUUUCUGCAUAGCAACAAAAGAAAAACAGGCUUUAUUUUACAUCAGCUGGAAAUGUCCCGAUUACUAAACUUGAUUGCUGUGGAAACUAUACUACAAUGUUGGAUUUAAGUGAAGUUUUGGUCACAAACGUCAGAGUCAUGUCAAAGACUUCAUCAGGAAUACCUCUGUAGCAGAUUACAAAUCUCAUCAUGAGUACAGAGGCCAAGAACACAUCAAGCUUCCAGGGGUUUAUGCGGGAGUCAAAGAUCCGCACCCCCAAAUACCAGCCUGUCAGAGUUGUCAAACCUGAGAAACAUGAUGCGAUGUAUCCCAUGAGAUGGCCACCAUAUGAUAAUAAUGAUGUUGAGAAUCGUAUUGAUGGUGUGCUUGGCCCGCUGUCUAUAUUUGCUCCAUUUCCACAUGAGGAUGAACCAGAACAUGUGGAACUUGAAUUAGAGCGUCCAGUCACUCCCAUUGAUAAAGAGAUCAAGAGUCAGCCAUCAUCCCUGGACCAGCUCACAAAGUUUGUGAGGCGUCGGAUUGCAGCCCGACCUGAUGUCCCUUUCCUCUCCAUAGAAGAUCAACAGAAUCUGGCUGGCAUCAUCAUGGGCGAGGUGAACUUGAUCUGGCCAGACAUCAGGAAACAGAUUGAUGACCCAUUUCUGAGUCCUGAGGAGAACAAGGAGUUGAACCGGCGUAUCGCUGUGUACAUCGUGACUGUCUGUGAACAGCUCUUCUCUCAUUAUCUGGACAAAGCUCAGGUUUUAAACAGCAGAGGUGUAUUCAGUGGGCCUGCCAACAUGAGUCGACUCAAGGCCCAGCUAGCCCUAGAAGCAAGCAAAUUUUUGACCAUCCUGACAAUCCGGCGCUACAUCGUUGCUGACAUGAGAGGUCAAGGUGAAACUGACUCUGCUGCUUCAGAGGACUUCUUCCCUUCUCAUCCCACCAAGGCUAAACCGGCUGUGGGUGGAUUUGCACAACUCUCAUAUGAAGGACUGAUACAAACAAGUCGGCCCAAGUCCAAGGUGAAGAAGUACAGGAUGAGAACACUGGACCAUGAUGUGAGAGAGAUGACCAAUAACAUGCCGAGCCUGGACACCAGCAAACUGAUGGACCUGGUGGCCCAGCUCCCCGACAGGGCCAUGGCCUCAGCCUCUGAAGAUGCUCGAUCUCUUGCAAGCAGAAUUUCUGAGCGAGAAUCAAAAACAUCUUGUUUCUUAAAAGAGGAGGCGUCCUUACAGAAAGUGUUGUUGAAGCGGUGCAGAUCUGACCCCAACCUCCAUGACGGCGAGACGCUGCUGGAGGAGAUGGAGAUCAGCGAGCGUGUCCGUGACGACCCGUUUGACCACUACGAGCUUGACGUCCUACACAGGGAGAGGGAGAUCAUGGCGAAGGAGAAGGUGUCGGACGACCAGCCGAAGAUGGGUUCGAGGGAGUAUGCUGCGGAAGACCUGCGGAGGCUGGUGGACAGGAAGGAUGAAUCCAAUCAGGAGGUGGAUGAAGAUCUCCCGCCUCUCUUACAGGCUAUUAUCCGCAAUGCUCGUCAUGACGGCCUGAAGGAGAAGAUGGAGGAAGAAUUGAAGGAAUUGGAGAAGAAGAAACAACAGAGGAUAGAGGAUGAACACAUUGCUGUUGAAGAACCUACUCAUCCCCAGCCUGCAACAGUGAGCAGCAAGCUCUCAAACCAGCUGACUGUGCGUACAUCUGACGUCCGUGUGUCAGAGCGGGUAUGCAUGUCCUCCAUCACCCUGAACAGAUUUGCCACUGUCUACAACGACCUGAUUGAAGAGGUGGAUCCAGCUACUGUGAAGGGUCUCGACAAGAACCUGUUCCUGUCAGAUGAGAUCCGGGAGGUCUACCGGGAAAUCAUGAAGACGGUUCCCCAGGACCAUCUCGAAUUGGACGAUGACCCGAUGAUAAUAUCAGCAGCGGAGAACAUCUCCCUGGCCGGUGCCAUGGCGUCAACAACGCUAGCCAAGAAGCCUAAUGAGCGGGUCAUAAACCCACAACUCCGGAAAGGUCAUGACCCUCCCUGGGGAGAAAUGGAUGCCAGCAACUGGGCAAGGACACCUUCAAGCCCACCAAAGAAUUUGCAAGGAGACAACACAUUUACACCUUUAACUCCGAACCCAGAGAAGAUCCAUGCUGCCUUCAGCAACCACCCGUCCAAGUCAUCGCAGCCGCUGACAUCGUCCGAGAACAUGCCCAGUGUGGUGGCAGACAAGAUGGCCAGGACAUACGCAUCGUGGCUUCAGUGGUGGAAGAGUACAGUGACCAGCGACGACUACAUGAAGUUCCUCUCCACACAGGAGACAGAUUUCAUGGGAGUGCUGUUCCAUUUCUACGACUCUGAGGAUGAUGAUGAGGACGAUGAUGAGAGUGAGUCUGGAGGAGGGACAGGACGAGGGCCAUCCAUUGGGAUCGGAAACAGAGGACGUCUUCCAAAGCGGAACAACACUCGGUCCUCUCACUCCAGCAAAGCCUUAGAGCAGAGAGAGCGAGACAGGAAGGUGGAGGAGUUGAAGGCCCUGAAGACGGAGUACAAGGAGGGCUUCUGGAAUGUUAACUCUGUCCUCUUGGGAGGCCUUGGCAAAGACCCGGGUUUAGAAGUUGAUGAGGAAGAAGCCAGCAAGAAGACACAGCAGCCUGUGGAAGCAGAAAAAUCGGCCAAGACACUGAAAGAGAGGGUUGCACAGGCCAGACAGGCUCGCUUGAUGCUGGAGAAGUCACGAGCCAAAUCUCAAGCAUCGGGGAGACAAACAAGCACCACCCACUCCGCAGCAUCCAAGUCAUCUGAGGCAGAGUUCAAGAAACCAGCAACACCACAGGAGCGCCUGGAGCGUGUGUGGGCGUGUCUCAAGAUGACCGACAGCAUGAAACUGGACAUGGCCAUCAAGUACAGCUGUAAUGAGUUCUUUGCCAGACUUGAUGAGGUCAUGGAGAAGUGGGAGAGUGCAGCGGAUCUGAUUCUCAAACGAGAAGCUCUCAUGGAGAAAUUGGAAAACUUUGAAAGAAGGGCCUCUGACCCCAACAGAUUCUUUGAGAAAGGACACAAGGGCAGCUCGGUGCUGAGGCUGGAGGAGGCGAGGCAGAGGAGCUUCUACUACAAGAGUAUUGAUGCCCUGGAUUUGGAAAUUAAAGCUGAACUUGACUAUGUGAAGGAAAAGUUCCAGGACAGCAUAUCGUUUAAGGGUCGUCCGUACGCGGAGAAGAUGAAGUGGGACCGUGUGGAGAUGCUGUACUGGCUGCAGGAGGAGCGGAAGCAGCACGCCAUCCAGUACGAGACUCUCACACGACAGCUGCCACUCAAACAUGCCCAGCUGGAGCCCCUGCAGCUGCAGGCCAAGUGAGGGGGAGACAUCCACAGCUGUAGCCCUCCAGCUUGUAAGGAAGAGAUAUAUAUCCAGCAUAGACAACCUCUAUACACAGUGGUUAGCAGUAGUAGGUGUGCUGCAAGUGAUAGGCACAACAUGUAUGUUUGGUGUAUUCAGCAUUACUGCCACACUGACACAAGAGUCACCUGAUACUGGUGAGUGUGGCAGCGAGGGGACAGGUUCUGGAUAUUCACAAAAUGCUUUGAAGAUAGAUACAUUGUGAAUUCUGGAAGCAUUUACCAAAUGAUAUAGUAAUUAUAAGUAUCAUGAUGUCUUUUGUAUAGCGGUAAGUCCAGGGUUAUGAAUUGCAAUUCUAAUGUACAUGAAAUAUUUGUAAAAUUCCAAAAUAAACCUGUUCCUGUCAAGGUCGCUACUUAGUUUCCUGAGGAAAUGAGUGCCUGUAUGUUUAUUUCAAAUACCAAAACCUAUUGUGUAACUGUUAUUAAUGUUUGAACUGUGGGACUUAUUUUUACAGUUCACAAUUUCUAUACGAAAAGAACUCGAUAUUUUAAUGUUUGCUUGAGGUGGUUGUGAUUUGAAUGCAUUGUUUAUUUAUGUUGAUUUGUAGAAAUGAUUUGAUAUAAUCUUCAUGCAUAUUUACGCCUGCUUGUUCUCUUGAAACAUAUCAUAAGAAGAAUCUGGCUUCAAAGCGCAGAUAGAGGAGUCAGCUACUAUUCCAGUAUUCUCAAGGAAACCAGUUCCUCAUUACAAAAUGUGAAAAGUAAUUAAUAUUUACUCCUAUAUCUUAUAUGCAAAUAAAUGUGAUCAACCGUCCGUGAAGGUAUGAACUGUGAUAAAUUAACAUUUACACUACUGCUGAUUUUUUAAGGUUUAUUUUGUUUGGAGUUUUCUUGUUAUAUGGUCAACAUUAUUUGUACAGUUACAUAUUAUUGUACUAGAUAUUUUAUAUGUUCAUUUACAUGUAUGAAUAAAUCAUUGAAGAGGAAA